UUUGUCCAGCCUUUUUGUUCCCUUUAUAAACCAACGAAAAUAAGACCGGUCAAUCUCGAUUAACUCCACGUUUAAUUUCAUCACAUCAACAAUUAUUCAAGACGAAACAUAUUGUGACUAAUAAUUUUAAUUUGGACUAAUUCUUGAUCGUUUUGGACAACAACAACAGUUAAAAAAAGACAACAUGGCGACGAUAGAAAGUCUCCAAAAGAAAAUAAAAGAAUUGGAAGCUCAGCUACAAAAAGAAAGAAAUGAAAAACAACAAAUAAAUCGGCCGAAAAUUACACAGAUGAGUUCUGAAGUUGUUGAUUCCAAUCCAUACAGUCGAUUGAUGGCGUUAAAGAGGAUGGGAAUAGUUGAUAAUUAUGAGAAAAUCCGUGAUUAUACAGUUGCUGUUGUAGGAGUGGGUGGGGUGGGGAGUGUUACAGCCGAGAUGUUAACCAGGUGUGGUAUAGGAAAGUUAUUGUUGUUUGAUUAUGAUAAAGUGGAGCUGGCCAAUAUGAACCGGUUAUUUUAUCAACCUCACCAAGCUGGUAUGAGUAAAGUCGAGGCUGCUGAGAAAACACUCAAAGAAAUUAAUCCUGAUGUAGAAUUUGAAGUUUAUAAUUAUAAUAUAACGACAAUGGACAACUUUAAUCAUUUUAUGGAGAGAAUCAAAAAUGGUGGUCUAAAAGAAGGAGAACCUGUUAAUUUAGUUUUAAGUUGUGUUGAUAAUUUUGAAGCCAGAAUGACAAUAAAUACAGCGUGUAAUGAAUUAGGCCAGAAUUGGAUAGAAUCAGGAGUAAGUGAAAACGCUGUUUCUGGUCAUAUACAGUUUAUAAUACCAGGAGAAACAUCCUGUUUUGCUUGUGCUCCUCCACUAGUUGUAGCAACUAAAACUGAUGAGAAGACGUUAAAAAGAGAAGGUGUUUGUGCUGCUAGUUUACCCACUACCAUGGCCGUUGUUGCUGGAUUCCUGGUACAAAAUACUCUCAAGUAUUUAUUAAGUUUUGGAGAUGUGACUUAUUAUUUAGGUUAUAAUGCAUUACAAGAUUAUUUUCCAACUAUGACAUUACGACCUAAUCCACAAUGUGAUGAUAAUUACUGUAUAAAACAACAACAAGCGUUUCAGAUCAAAGAAGCAACUAAACCAAAAGUAGAGAAAACUGAAGACAAAGUAGAAGAAAUAGUUCAUGAUGAUAAUGUCUGGGAAAUACAGCUUGUAUCUGAAACAACAGAAGAUGAAUUAAAAGAAGCUGACGGUCAGGUUCCAAAUUUGGUUGAAGGACUAAAAGUUGCUUAUACAACACCUGCUCCAACACAGGCCUCUAACGAGAAGACCGUAGACAGCACCGAAAAAUCUUUAGAUGAAUUAAUGAAAGAAAUGCAGGGAUUAUAACCCAUGGACUGUUUUAACUGAUUAUGCCAGUAUUUUAACUGAGGAAUUUAACUUUGAAAAUGGUGUUUGUUGUGUCUGAAACUUGGGUUAAUAUGACCAAAUAUGGACAUAUAUUCAUCAACAAUGUUAAAGUUGAUAAUGUUAUUAUCAAUUUAUAAAAUGAACAAUGUCCAAUCUUUGCAUGGAGUAACAACGUGUUAUACCGUAUCUACCAUUAUCUAAAACUGAUAAAAUCGACCUGAAACAAUGUCGCUCUGUCCUUUAUUAUAACAAUAGGUUUAUUAACUUAUAUUAUUAUCUUUCAAGGCCCUUAUUGAGAAUUUUUUAUUUCUGUAUUAUAAUUUAUUUGAAGGAGAUAUAUUCAUAAACACUAGUUUAAUAGCGAAUUAUUAUUACUGUGUAAAAUCUAUAAUUUAUUUUGAAGAGAUUUAUAUCCAUCAGUUUAAAGAAAGUUCAUAUUACUGUGUAAAAUCUAUAUUAUUCUAGUCAGUACAAAUUCAGGGGCAUAGAAAUAAAAAAAAAAUACCCAUGGCAAUAAUUUUCAUUUUCACUAAAACAACAACCUCGUGGGUUUUCUCCGGGUCCUCCGGUUUCCUCCCACUGCUAAAGAAUCUACGUGCAAGCGAAUUAGUGAAAUAGAAUUGAACCAUGUGUUAGUCCCGUAAUGACUUAGUUUGUGUCGAGUGGACGUUAAACCCUCUCACUCUCCCCCCCCCCUCUCUCUAUCUCGCUAACAUAUGUCUACUAUAAUUGUUCAUGUCUUGGUGAUAUAAAUACCUGUAGAUAUUUGGAAGUUGUCAUCCAGACUCGCUGAACAUCAGGGCGAAUAUUGGUCGUGUUUUCAGUGUCUCGUGUUUUCAGUCUCUUGUGAGUUGUAACUGGAUGAUAAACUGAUAUGUUUCUGUUUUCAUACUAUUCAUAUACUCUAUGAUUUUAUUAUACACGCCCACAUUUCUUAUUAGACUAUAUUGUGAUCACCCAUGUCAGUCGGCAUACAAACUAUCUUGUACCAGUUAAAAAACAUCUGGUUGCUAUGGUAGAAUAGUUACAUAAAUUGUUAUAAAUCAUUUGUUAAUAGUUCAUUAAACACAAAAUGAAUAAUGUUGGUUUUAGAGGGAAGUUGGUUUUCUUCAUUUAAAAUAUUUAUAUAUAUAUUUAUGUGUAUGCUGUAAGAUGUUCAUAUUUAUAAUAUUGUUGAGUGAAUCAGCUGAAAUAAUUAAUGUUAAUACCAUGUCGAUGAACUGCUGUUGUAAGGACAGAUACAAAAAAAAACUGAAAUCAUAUUAUAGCCGUUGAUUGUAAUCUAAGGACAGAAACAUAAGGUUAUCAAAUAUCUACAAAAAACCCAUGAAAUCAUAUUACAGCCGUUGAUUGUCAUUUUUGAAAGUUGAAUCUAUAGAAGGAAUAUUGUUGACACAUCUGAUUGGUGACAAUGUGAUAUUUUCUUAAAAAUAAUAAAAGCUGUUUUCCGAAUCAGAUUAAAGCAACCCAAACAAUAUAUAAAAUUUGAAAGCCUGACUGUGGGCGAUAUAACAGGUAAUUGUAUUGGAUGAUGGAAUUGAGAAUCAAACGAGUUUCAAGAUGUAAAUAUUUGUAUAUUUACUUUAUAUAUAGGAUCUAUCAGCUUUAUAUGUGUAUAUAUAAUAAAUCUACUGUUGAUCAGUCAAAAAUUAAA